CCAGGUCCUGCUCCUGCUGUUGCCGCCGCCGCUGGGGUACAGGAGCGAUCGCGCUGGGCCGCGCUCCCGGGAGCCCAGGGCCUGCAGCGGCCGGGGCGCCCCGAGGUCUGCUCACUGUGUUUUUCAGGAAAAAGGAAGGGAAAAGAGAGAUCUAACCACAUGGAUUGGAGAAAAAUCUGAAUUUUAGACUCAAAACUAUGUUGUUUCUAUUACCACAAAUUGUGCUGCAUCUUCUCUUUCUUCAGAAAAUUUUGGACAGCAAUUUUACACUAAGUAAGAAGUACAAGGAAAAGCUAUCAGUAACAACUGACCUACCACAAAGUUAGAAGAAAACGAUUGAUUCAAGAAAGCAGGACUAUAAUAUGGAUUUAGAGCUUGAUGAAUAUUAUAACAAGACACUUGCCACAGAGAAUAAUACUGCUGCCACUCGGAAUUCUGAUUUCCCAGUCUGGGAUGACUAUAAAAGCAGUGUAGAUGACUUACAGUAUUUUCUGAUUGGGCUCUAUACAUUUGUAAGUCUUCUUGGCUUUAUGGGGAAUUUACUUAUUUUAAUGGCUCUCAUGAAAAAGCGUAAUCAGAAGACUACGGUAAACUUCCUUAUAGGAAAUCUGGCCUUUUCUGACAUCUUGGUUGUGCUGUUUUGCUCACCUUUCACACUGACGUCUGUCUUGCUGGAUCAGUGGAUGUUUGGCAAAGUCAUGUGCCAUAUUAUGCCUUUUCUGCAAUGUGUGUCAGUUUUGGUUUCAACUUUAAUUUUAAUAUCAAUUGCCAUUGUCAGGUAUCAUAUGAUAAAACAUCCCAUCUCUAAUAAUUUAACAGCAAACCAUGGCUACUUUCUGAUAGCUACUGUCUGGACACUAGGUUUUGCCAUCUGUUCUCCCCUUCCAGUGUUUCACAGUCUUGUGGAACUUCAAGAAACAUUUGGUUCAGCGUUGCUGAGCAGCAGGUAUUUAUGUGUUGAGUCAUGGCCAUCUGAUUCAUACAGAAUUGCCUUUACUAUCUCUUUAUUGCUAGUUCAGUAUAUUCUGCCCUUAGUUUGUCUUACUGUAAGUCAUACAAGUGUCUGCAGAAGCAUAAGCUGUGGAUUGUCCAACAAAGAAAACAGACUUGAAGAAAACGAGAUGAUCAACUUAACUCUUCAUCCAUCCAGAAAGAUUGGGCCUCAGGUGAAACUCUCUGGCAGCCAUAAAUGGAGUUAUUCAUUCAUCAAAAAACACAGAAGGAGAUAUAGCAAGAAGACAGCAUGUGUGUUACCUGCUCCAGAAAGACCUUCUCAAGAGAACCACUCCAGAAUACUUCCAGAAAACUUUGGCUCUGUAAGAAGUCAGCUCUCUUCAUCCAGUAAGUUCAUACCAGGGGUCCCCACUUGCUUUGAAAUAAAACCUGAAGAAAAUUCAGAUGUUCAUGAAUUGAGAGUAAAACGUUCUGUUACAAGAAUAAAAAAGAGAUCUCGAAGUGUUUUCUACAGGCUGACCAUACUGAUACUAGUAUUUGCUGUUAGUUGGAUGCCACUACACCUUUUCCAUGUGGUAACUGAUUUUAAUGACAAUCUUAUUUCAAAUAGGCAUUUCAAGUUGGUGUAUUGCAUUUGUCAUUUGUUGGGCAUGAUGUCCUGUUGUCUUAAUCCAAUUCUGUAUGGAUUUCUUAAUAAUGGGAUUAAAGCUGAUUUAAUGUCCCUUAUACACUGUCUUCAUAUGUAAUAAUUCUCACUGUUUACCAAGGAAAGAUCAAAUGUAGGGUCAUGUAAAAUAUAUUUAUGAUAUCUAUUUAUGUAUAAUAAAUAGAAAUUUUGUUAACAUGAAAUUUAAUUUAUGUGAAAGAUUUCUGGAUUUGAAUGUCAGUUCAUAAUAUAUGGAAGAUAAUUUUAUGUGUUAUAGUGGGAUUAAUUUAUUUAGUUGUGUAGUCAGUGUCAAUCCAAUCUGUAAUUUCAUUUUAGAAAGUUGUAUUACCUUCCACUUCCAUGUUGUCUUUUAAACAAAUGAAUUGUAUUUUUUGUUGAAACUAAAAGUUAUGUGUAACCAACUCAGUACUUUUGUCCAAAAAUAUAAUAAGAAAAAAUUUUUCUUGAGGAACUUUUAAUUUCAAA